AUGCGCAGAGAGCGCGGGGCGGCGGCGCCUGCGCUAGGGCAGCUGCGGGCUGAGGCGCCGUCGGGCGCGGCGGGCUCGCUGACCGGCGCCCUGCGGGCCAGCCCCGCCGCCGCUCCCCCGUCCUCCGCCUCCUCGUCCGCCUCCUCCUCCUCCUCGCCGCCGCAGCUGGCGCUGCUCGUGAUGCAGCCGUGCGGCGGCGAGGAGGAGGCGGCGGCGGCGGCGGGAGGCGGAGUGCUGCCGGGCGCCGAUGCGCCGCUGCCGCCGUCCGCCGCGGGCGGCCUGAUGCUGUUCUACGAGCUGGGCCCCGGCGACGGCGAGGCCGAAGCGGGGGAGGAGGAGACGGCAGCGGCGGCGGCAGGCGGCGAGAGCACGGCCAGCCCCGAGGAGCUGGAGGAGGAGGAGCAGGCGGCGGCCUCCAGCGGCGAGGCGGCGGCGGCGGGCGGCGGCUGCAAGAGCUGCACCUACCAGGGCUGCAGCGAGACCACCACGCAGGUGGCGAAGCAGCGCAAGCCGUGGAUGUGCAAGCGGCACCGCAAUAAGAUGUACAAGGACAAGUACAAGCGCAAGAAGAGCGACCAGGCCUUGGGAGGCGGCGGGGCCGCGGCGGCCAACGCGGGGGGCGGCCCCAGGGCUGAGGAUUGUGUUGAAGGUUCAGUUUCUGCCUCAAAACAGAGAACAGGCUCCAUUGGAGAUCGCCCAGCAAGACCGACCCUUUUAGAACAAGUACUGAAUAAAAAGAGACUGUCCCUGCUCAGAAGUCCAGAAGUAGUGCAGUUUCUACAGAAACAACAGCAGCUGUUAAGUCAGCAGGCUUUGGAACAACGGCAGCAGCAGUUUCAAGGAGCACCUGGGUAAUGAGAACAGAUCAUCACCUGCAGAUGAGUCUGGUACUGAAGGAGAAAUAGGAUGUAUAUUUUCUUCAAAUAUAAAAAAUGUAAAUGUUUAAAGGAGAAGUAAAGCUGCUGUCAUGUAUUUUACUUGGUUCUUGUUUGCACUUUGACGUUUUGAGCUGCUUGGGUGUCUGCAAACUUGUGAGCAAAUUUGGAGGAGUAUUUUUUGAUUCUUUUUAAAACUUGGUUUGAUUUUUCUUUUUAAUGGAAACUUGUUUGUAUCAGUAAUGUUCAGCUGUACACCCUUUUCCUACCAAAGUCUUCCACUAAAUUAACAUUUUUCUAUAUGAAGAUUUACUGUUAAACAAGUCACUCUUUGAUGACAAUCAUUGAAGGAAGUCAGUUACUUUCUAUGGAAGUUGUGAAAUAAAGUCCAAUUUGAGCCAGUACUGUGGCAUGACUUAACAGCAAUUCCUCAGGGAUAUGAGAAGCUUAUAUCCAGUAUAAUCUUGCACUAAAGGCUAAAGACAACAUGCCAUCAAGAAGUCAACCAGUGGCUCAGAAAAGCGUAAAUCAGGUGAUCCUCCUGCUUUGUAUUCAUUAUAUGCAAGUUGAGUAGGUUUGAAAUGCUUCACUGUCUGUGCAAAGCAUGUAAAGGAAUGUGUGUUCAAAAUCUCCAAAUAGGAGAAAUAGAAAAGUGCUUUGGAGAAGAGUCAGAGAUGCAAUGUAUGCAGUGGAGAGUUGGACCUUGUUUUGUGAAGUUAUUUUGGAGGACCAACUUGUAACACAUCCUCAUUUGUGAGCAAGUUAAAGCUUUUAACUCAAAUGCUUAAGGUUUUUAACAGCAAAUGCCUCCAAAAUGUCAGAUGGGAUUGUGCAUUUGUUGUCCUUUCUCUUCCAAAAAAGUAUAGUUAAAAUUAUGGUAGUAAGACAACCGAUAGCUGAUCAGCUCAAGUGCUGGACUUCUCAGGUUUUCAGCCAAUCUUGCAAUUGAUUUGGUUAAGAAUCCUAACACCUUAUUUAAGUAGUGAAUCCCAAGUUUUGUAUUAACCCUUAUUUCCUAGUUGAAGCUAUCUGAGUGGUGGAGGUGCUUAUUGAAGUACAUCUUUGAUACUGCAGCAGUUUGAUCUGCUGAAUGAUACCUGUUCAGGAGUGUUUGUCAGUCUUAUGGGUUUUUAUAAGCUGUGCUUUUUGUAUGUAUAAAAACUGUUCAGUAGGGAUUUUUGUAUUCAGCAUUGUGUAAGUCGUUCUCUAAAAAAAGAGAUCCAAAAAUUUUGUACCAGCAGUUCUGGACCAAUAAGUGUUUGAGUAAAUCUAUGUGUUUUAUUUUAUUUCUUUUGUUUGUUGUUGUUUGGUUACAUUUGUAUGUUGCUUUGUGUUUAUUUUCUGUAUUAAAAUGGCUAGCUCUGGCUAGGUGAUGUGAAAACUGUUGUGUUCUCACUCUAAAGUUAUUUUAGCAUGUUUGUGAAAAUGUGUAAUUUCAGCCCAUUACAAGGAAGCACUUGUGUUGUUCUAGAUGGUCAUCUUAGGAAAGCAUUUAGGCCAACAGCUCUGUCUGGACGCUUCUGAAAAAUGAAGUAGUCCCAGGUACCCAACUUGGCCUCUGCCAGUUUCACUGAUAGUUAUUUUUCCUCUGCUGCUCUCCCAUUUCUGGUUUUAUCACAUUAUUUGCCAUUAUUAAAUUCUCAAGGAAUUUGUUUCAA